UUAGGCUGUUUUUCAGGUGUAAAAUCUCUUGGGGAAAUGGGGAUUGUUCGUUCUUUGCGGUCUUCAAUUCGAACAUGUAGAAAACUCUGUCGUUCGAUCGAACCGCUCUCCCCACAGUCUCGGAAAGAUUUUACGCGAACUCGCGAGUAGUUGUCUAUACCGAGGCUCAUGACUUUCAAACAUGACAAGUGGUUUUGUGACAAAAAUGAAGACUCCAAAUGCUUCAUCGAUUUCGCUUGCGAUCUCUCUUCUGUCCUUGAUUUCGUGGGCAACUUCGGCUGAUACCCAUGGGAGUUUUCUCCAAUGCCUUUCCCUUCAGUUUCCAGAUUCUAACUCAAUCUCCAAAGUCAUUUACACUCCUCACAACUCUUCGUACGAAUCCGUUUUGCAAUCCUCGAUACGAAUGGAGCAAUUCUUACCGUCUUUCGCAACCCCCAAACCUCUAGUCAUCAUUACACCAUUUCUAGAAUCCCAUAUCCAAGCAGCCAUUUAUUGUUCCAAACAGCAUGGCAUGCAAAUUCGGGUUCGGAGCGGUGGACAUGACUACGAGGGUCUCUCUUCCAUUUCCUACCAGGCCCCGUUUGUCAUCGUUGACCUUGUAAAUUUUCGAUCAAUCACUAUUGAUGAUGUCGGAAAUAGCACUGCAUGGGUUCAAGCCGGGGCCACGAUCGGUGAACUUUAUCAUGCCAUAGCGAAGAAAAGUCCAACUCUUGGCUUUCCAGCCGGUGUUUGCCCUACAGUAGGCGUUGGCGGACACUUUAGCGGGGGAGGGUACGGGAUGAUGUCCCGUAACUAUGGGAUCGCUGCUGAUAACAUCAUCGAUGCCCGAUUAAUCGAUGCAGAUGGCAGAAUUAUGAAUCGGGAAUCUAUGGGGGAAGACUUAUUUUGGGCCAUUAGAGGAGGCGGAGGGGCAAGUUUCGGUGUUAUUACUGCAUGGCGCAUAAAACUAUUGCCUGUUCCCGAAAAUGUCACUGUUUUCAUGGUGAUCAGAGACUUGGAACAAAAUGCAACUAAGAUUGUACACCGGUGGCAAUACGUUUCGGUGAAAAUCGAUAAAAAGCUACUUAUCAGGUUGUUUCUGAGGAGAGCUCGUUCUAGCCGAGACGGAAAAAUAACGGUACAAGCCUCAUUUGUUGCCUUGUACCUCGGUGGAAUCGACAGGCUGCUCCCGUUGAUGCAACGAAGCUUUCCCGAGUUGGGUUUGGUGAGAUCAGACUGUACCGAAAUGAGCUAUAUCGAUUCAACGCUUCACUUGGCAGGUAUGAACGGAAUGCCGCUUGAUAUUUUGCUGAACAGGACUUGGUCGCUAAUGUCAUAUUUCAAAGGAAAAUCAGACUAUGUGACGGAGCCAAUUUCUAAAACAGGGCUCAAAUCCAUAUGGAAAAGGCUCAUGGAACACCCCGAGGAGAUGAACGAGAUGCAAUUCAGUCCUUUCGGUGGAAGGUUGAGCGAGGUCUCGGAAUCCGCGACGCCUUUCCCUCACAGAGCGGGGACCUUAUACAGCAUCCAUUACGCAGUCUGGUCGUACGAACGAGGGAAAAGUGUGUUCGACCGGCAGAUGAGAGGGAUCCGAAGAUUUCAUAGCUUUAUGACUCCUUACGUUACCAAGAAUCCAAGAUCUGCAUAUCUAAACUACAGAGAUCUUGAUCUGGGGGUAAAUAACAAAGGGAACACAAGCUAUGAACAAGCAAGCAUUUGGGGGUUGAAAUAUUAUGGGAAUAACUUUAAGAGAUUGGUUCAUGUGAAGGCCAAGGUUGAUCCUGGUAACUUCUUCAGGAAUGAGCAAAGCAUUCCACCCAUAAGCGGCUCUGCCUUGGGCCACGGAUAUUCUAAUGAGCAUCCUAAAUUAUUUCUCAUAAUAUGCAUGGUAAUUUAUAUACUUCAAGUUCAACUCGUUAUUUGAACGACCAGGUCCGUUAAAUUCGA